AUGUCUCACCGGCGUUCUCUAUCCUCGGGCUUCAUGGGCUUCGGGAUGCCGAUGAACAUGGGUUCGGGAACGUCCACGCUGCAGAUGAAUCCUGACCCUGCCGACACAAUAUUUCCGCUCGACAGCUCCUUCUUUUAUCAAUUUGGCGACCGCCCAAUGUCCAUGACGCUGGACGCAAUUGACCCCUUGGCCUCGACAUUCGAAACCCCGCCGGGCCAAGCCUCCUCGGCCGCCCUGGUCGGGAGCACCCCGCAGUCGACUGGUUUCUCUCCUAAUGACACGACGGGCAACGACCUGGCCCAGGAGUCGUUGGGAGCUGGAAACCAGAGCCAAUCCAAUGGGUUGAACGAAUUCACCAAGCGGCCUAAUUGGCCAGCUCGAGUGGUCGAUGUGCUCCGGGACUUGCUGCACAUCUUUGACGCUGAUGGGAGGAUCAAGACUGUCUCUCCAAGCGCCGUAAAUCUCACCGGCUAUCAGCCGACCGAGCUCUGUGGCCUGCUCAUGCAGGACUUGUUGCACCCAGAUGACGUGGGCGUCUUCACAGCGGAGCUGAAUCAAUCCAUAGCUUCGGGCAAUCCGUUCUGUGUCUUCUACAGGAUGAAGAAGAAGGACGGGACAUACGCCAUCUUCGAAGCCAUUGGCCAUGCCCAUAUCGCUGCGCCCAAGUUUGCGCCCAAUCCAAACAACCAGACGGCCUUCUGCCAAGCCGUCUUCAUGAUGGCUAGGCCGUAUCCUACUAAGAAUGCCGUUCUGCUUGAUUCAUUCUUGGAACACAAGAUGGAAAACGAACGCCUCAAGCGCAAGAUCGCAGAGCUCCAGAAGGAGGAGCAAGAAGACACCGAGGAACUCGAGAGAACAUGGCGGGGAAGCCAAGAGACCACACCGUCCGAAAGCGGCGCGCGCUUCGGGCCGUCGCCCUUGCAACCUCAGUCGGAUGCAUCUAUUCCACCCCGGGAACAGGGAACGUCCCUAGACGGCGGGCUUGCGGAAGGCAUCAUGGGGCCGCGGCGGUCCUCGAUCGGUGUAACACACACUGACACCAUCGAGAUGCUCACCGGCCUCCGAUACCAGGAAGGCGAGCGAAGCCGUGGUAUCACGACGGGAGUCGCUAGCCCCACGCUUGUGUCGGGGGAUAUUGGCAUGAUCACCGGAGACGUCGGCAUCGCCAUCCCACUGGACAGAGAUCAGCGUACAGGGGACAAAAAGAAGAAGCUUAAAAUGGUUGAGGAAUAUGUCUGCACAGAUUGUGGGACACUCGAGUCCCCAGAAUGGCGCAAAGGGCCGAGUGGACCUAAAACUCUCUGCAAUGCCUGUGGCCUCCGAUGGGCGAAGCGGGAGAAGAAGAAGAGUAUCAGUCACGGUGGCGGGGGUGGCCCAGAACAUUCCGGGCCUGGGUUUGAUAUCUAA